UGCUCAGGAGAUCAGGAACUGCCCCAUCCCCGUGGAACAGAUCAGGAACUGCCCCAUCCCCGUGGAACACAUCAGGAACUGCCCCAUUCCCGUGGAACACAUCAGGAACUGCCCCAUCCCUGUGGAACAGAUCAGGAACUGCCCCAUCCCCAUGGAACACAUCAGGAACUGCCCCAUCCCCAUGGAACAGAUCAGGAACUGCCCCAUCCCCAUGGAACAGAUCAGGAACUGCCCCAUCCCCGUGGAACACAUCAGGAACUGCCCCAUCCCCGUGGAACACAUCAGGAACUGCCCCAUCCCCAUGGAACACAUCAGGAACUUCCCCAUCCUCCUGAAUUUUCUGGAUAAGACUGACAGCUGGUGUUUCUUCUGGAACUCCUGA